AGUGAAAAAAAUUCAAUGAUGUCGUUACUCUCUGAUCUAGUCAAUCUUAACCUCUCCGACACCUCGGAGAAGGUGAUCGCCGAGUACAUAUGGGUCGGUGGAUCCGGUAUUGACAUGAGGAGCAAAGCAAGGACUCUCUCAGGACCGGUUAAUGACCCUUCCAAGCUUCCUAAGUGGAACUACGAUGGUUCAAGCACUGGUCAAGCUCCUGGAGAAGAUAGUGAAGUCAUCUUAUAUCCACAAGCAAUUUUCAAGGAUCCAUUCAGGAGGGGCAACAACAUCUUGGUUAUGUGUGACACUUACACUCCUGCUGGGGAGCCCAUUCCGACAAACAAGAGACAUAACGCUGCAAAGAUAUUCAGCCAUCCUGAUGUUGUUGCUGAAGAAACAUGGUUUGGUAUCGAGCAAGAAUACACCUUGCUGCAAAAAGAUGUACAAUGGCCUAUUGGAUGGCCUAUUGGUGGUUUUCCUGGACCGCAGGGACCAUACUAUUGCGGCAUUGGUGCUAACAAAGCUUUUGGGCGUGAUAUUGUGGACUCCCAUUACAAAGCCUGUCUUUAUGCCGGCAUUAACAUCAGUGGAAUUAAUGGAGAAGUGAUGCCUGGUCAGUGGGAAUUCCAAGUUGGUCCAGCUGUUGGCAUAUCUGCUGGUGACGAGAUAUGGGUUGCUCGUUACAUUCUAGAGAGGAUUACUGAGAUUGCUGGGGUGGUGCUUUCCUUUGACCCUAAACCAAUUCAGGGUGAUUGGAAUGGUGCUGGUGCUCACACGAAUUACAGUACCAAGUCAAUGAGAAACAAUGGAGGCUAUGAAGUCAUCAAGAAAGCAAUUGCCAAGUUGGAGAAGAGGCACAAGGAGCACAUCCAUGCUUAUGGAGAAGGCAAUGAACGUCGUUUAACAGGACGACACGAGACUGCUGACAUUAAUACCUUUAAAUGGGGUGUUGCAAACCGUGGUGCCUCUAUUAGGGUAGGGAGGGACACGGAGAAGGCAGGGAAGGGAUAUUUUGAGGACAGAAGGCCUGCGUCUAACAUGGAUCCAUACGUGGUUACUUCCAUGAUUGCAGAGACAACUAUUCUAUGGAAAUGA